CACCUGCACGUCAUAUCCAACGGACGAUUAACAUGUCCUCCCGUUGAAGAAAAAGCUAGCAAGGAAGUAAAGUGUUUAAUGUUACUCGCGAAGUUAAACGGCGGAAAUGUCGCUGCAGCCCGACACUCACACCACUCAGUGUCACAGCCACGGUUGCUGCUGAAGUAGACAUUUGGCAGAAACGGUGACUCCUCCAGAGGAAUGAGCGAUACUUAGGAAGGAAGUCGCCCAGCUGGCUAGCGAAAGAGUAGCUAGCUCGGCUGCUAGCUGUCGUUAGCAGGGAGUUCUUUGUUUUGUUUUCCAGGUUGGUCCGUGUAAACAUGAAGAGAAACUAGUGUGGACGCUCUGCUGUAACCUCUGUGUGUGUCGUAUAAUGACGGUGCGUGGUGUCUCUGGUAGUGAGUGAUUAAACUGCACGAUUAAAAGGUUUGUGGGGGUAUUAGAAAGACAAAACUAACAUUAGCAACCGAGAGCAACUUUAGCGACAAACAUCGGGUUUUUUAAACGUCGGGCAGGGUUAGGACUGGAGACACGAAGACAUGGGCAACUGUCUCAAGUCUCCGACAUCAGACGACAUCUCUUUGCUCCAUGAAUCCCAGUCAGACAGGGCGAGUUUCGGUGACGGGACAGAUCCGGACCUGGAGCCGCCGCCGCCGUACCAGGAGCAGGCUCACAUGCCCAUGUACCAUCCCACGCCUAGUCAGGCCCGUCUGGCCACCCAGCUGACAGAGGAGGAACAGAUCCGCAUAGCUCAGCGCAUCGGCCUCAUCCAGCACCUCCCUAAGGGUGUCUAUGAUGGAGGGCAAGACGGCUCGGAGAAGAAGAUCAGAGAAUGUGUGAUCUGUAUGCUGGACUUUGUAUACGGGGACCCCAUCCGGUUCCUGCCGUGUAUGCACAUCUACCACAUGGACUGUAUAGACGACUGGCUGAUGAGAUCCUUCACCUGCCCCUCCUGCAUGGAGCCCGUGGAUGCUGCCCUGCUCUCCACCUACGAGACCAACUGAUGUUUCCCCCCUCCCCCUCCAGGCUUAGAUCAGACACGCCCCCAACCCCAAUCACACACCAACACCUGCCCUCUUAUAGAUUGAGAGGCGCUAAAAAUGUGUCCGCUGUUUUCUUGCACUUUGAAAAGUUCCGAAAAUACUUACCUAAUGUUGGCCUUCCACACCCCCAGGUCUAAAUAAGCUGGUCUUAAAACAUCAGUUAACACAUAUUAGUAAGAAACCGUUUCCAGACGACCCUGCAUGAUUGUGUUUGUGUCCGUUUGUCAUGCUGAAGCAGCGUCCAGUUUUGCUGCUGGCUGUGAGCACGUGGGGCGGUGUGUUUGUGUUUGUGUGUGCGUGCAGUUUGGGCUGUUUGAUGACUGUGGAUUUCCACUUGAGCCGGACUCAGUGGAGUUUCUCACAGACUGACAACAGUUCACCUUCAUUCCCAGUUAGUCUUUAAAAUGGAUAAUUACAUAACAGAUUAUUGACCAAAAUGCUCCGAGGUGUUGCUAGAAAGGUUUUCUGUGGCAACAGUAAGCAAAGAGUUCCUCAACAUAUUGAUCUCCUAAACAUGCUCACACAUUAAAAUGGCCCUGUACUUUGGAGAUACGGGAAUGCACAGCUGAAGUUUACACUGUUGGUGUUCGUUAAUAAAGAAGAAAUUCCUCUCCAGGUAGUCGGGUUUACAAAACAAUUAUGUAGACACUUAACAGAAAUCGCCCAAAAAGUACACCUAAAGAAGAUCAUGGCUACGUAAUAUUUGACGUGAUUAGAAAACGCUUAGAGUUGAAAGGGAAAAAGAUGUUGUGUAACAUCAUUUUUUCACCCGACGGUCUGUAAAGUAGCUGGCAGCCAAUGUAAAGGGCUCAUUUGUGCAUGGGCAGGUGGAUCAGUCAGUCAAAAAUUAGAAAUGCUUGCACACACGUUUCAUCUGAUCCAGAGAUUUGCACUUUACUUAUAGGACAGUAUCUAAACAAUAUAUUAAUAUAUGUACCUUAUAACCUUGCACUAUCAAUACUUCAUUCCUUUAUUUCCUGAGAUGCAAAAGUUAUAUAGCUGAUAAAGAUAUUUUCAAAGCUGUCAGUAGUCACUUAUCACGUUCAUGUUGAAGUAAGCCUGAAGAUGUAUUUCAUGAAAUCUGUGAUUCAGUAGUGUGAGCCUCCGCUUUGUUCUGCUUGAUUUUUGAUUCUUGUGUGUUUUGUGUGUAAGUGAAGGAACAGAGGUUUGCUCCGGUUUAAAAGGAGUCGUUCAAUAUUUUGGGAAAUAUUGUUGCCAGGAGUUAAAUGAGAAGACUGACACCAGUCUGAUUCUGUGCGUUAAGUACGGAGCUGGAGCCAGGAGGUGAUAAA